CAGGAGACGUCCAGGUCUGUGCACCAAGCACAAGAAGCCUAAGGCGAGUCACCUGCUGGUAGGGAACGCUGAUGUGAACACACGUGGGUACUGCGAGGGUCUUGGGGACCACGCCAAGUUUGCCAAAGGGGUAAUGAACAGAUGGCCCCCGGUUCAGAGCCAGCGGGGGUCAGAGAGCGCACUGGGAUUCCAGGGUUUGCAAGGUUGAUGAAGUCACUCAAGCCACACGUCCCACCUUCCAGGCUGCGCUAGUCUCUCCCCUUAAACUGAAAUCCAAGGAGCCGCCGCACUGGGUGAGCAGCAGAGACGGCUCCUUCGGGACCGAAAAGCGGCAAAAGCCAGGUGCUAGGCUGGGUCGCUGGAAGUUGGCUGGCAGGGACACACAGGAGAGGCGGGACUCGGGGCAGCACCGGAGCCAAAGCGGCAGCAGUGGGCGCUAGCGAUCCUCUUCUGCCCUCCGCGCUCUCCCCGAGCGUCGGCCUCCUCUGUCCCCUCCUCCGGCUUCUGCUCCUCCUCCUGCUCCUCCCAUCUUCGGAUCCCGGCACUAAAACGUCUGUCUGCAAGGUCCUCUGAGCGCUGCAGCCACGAGCUGCGGCCACCGCCGGGUCUCUCUCGGUGAGUGCUUGUGUUCCUUCCCGGCUCGUCCGCCCGGAGGUGACAUUUGCUCCAAAGGGAUCAGAUGCUUGGAGGUGGUGCUGCCCAUGGCCCGGCCGGAGAGAAGAUUGAGGGCGCCUGACCGGCUGGACGGGUAAACGACUCAGGAUCCCUGAAAGACUUGAGUGUGCAGAAGCUUGCCACCAACCUGCACGAGACAAGAAAUUCAUGGAGGAGAUGCUGAGAAGUAGGCACUCCUCUCAAGCUUAAGCACCUUGAAUAAGUAUGGAUACUUCUCCUGUGCUGAGACAGCACUGCUCGUCCAGGUGACAUGGUUAUGACCACUGUUGACUUGGCUGUAUCUCUGAGGACUUGGGUCCCAGACAAUGGGACAAACAAUUCUGCAUGCUUCUUGAUGCCUUGCACUGAGUCCAGAUGGAAAACUGAGGCCCUGAAGGAGAAGAAGAACCUCCAGGGAGACAGACCUGAGCCAGGACUUAAAUUCGAGUAAUUGGCAACUGGAGACACUCAUGUGCUAGUAAUCAAGAGGCAUCCCUGCCGCCACUUCAUGAUCCAGGGGCGUGUGGCCCUGUGAAGUUCCCGAGGUGUACAGCAUGUCCUUGCUGCUCCUGGGUGCGGUGCUGCUGGUGGCCCAGCCCCAGCUAGUGCCUUCCCAUCCAGCUGUUUCCGGCCCGGGUCCCAGGCAGCAAGAGCUUCUGCGGAAGGUGGGUACCCUCCUGGAGGACACUCAAGAAGGUGCAGCAGCCAAUGGUUCCACACAGCAGCUCCCACAGACCAUUAUCAUUGGGGUGCGCAAGGGUGGCACCCGGGCAUUGCUGGAGAUGCUCAGCCUGCACCCAGACGUGGCGGCAGCUGAGAACGAGGUCCAUUUCUUUGACUGGGAGGAGCAUUACAGCCAAGGCCUGGGCUGGUACCUCACCCAGAUGCCUUUCUCCUCUCCGAACCAGCUCACCGUGGAGAAGACGCCGGCCUACUUCACUUCGCCCAAAGUGCCUGAGAGAAUCCACAGCAUGAACCCUGCCAUCCGCCUGCUGCUCAUCCUGAGGGACCCUUCAGAGCGAGUGCUGUCUGACUACACCCAGGUGUUGUACAACCACCUUCAGAAGCGCAAGCCCUACCCACCCAUCGAGGACCUCCUGGUGCGGGACGGCCGGCUCAACAUGGACUACAAGGCUCUCAACCGCAGCCUGUACCACGCACACAUGCUGAACUGGCUGCGUUUCUUCCCACUGGGCCACAUCCAUAUUGUGGAUGGCGACCGCCUCAUCAGAGACCCUUUCCCUGAGAUCCAGAAGGUCGAAAGGUUCCUGAAGCUGUCACCGCAGAUCAACGCCUCGAACUUCUACUUUAACAAAACCAAGGGCUUCUACUGCCUACGGGACAGCGGCAAGGACCGCUGCUUACAUGAGUCCAAAGGCCGGGCGCACCCCCAAGUGGAUCCCAAACUACUGGAUAAACUACACGAAUAUUUUCAUGAGCCAAAUAAGAAAUUCUUCGAGCUCGUGGGCAGAACAUUCGACUGGCACUGAUUUGCCUUCAGUUAGGCUCGGAACUUUUCCUGUUGUAACUUCUGGUGUACAUCUGAGGGUGGGGGGGAAAGAAAUUUUAAAAAGGCAUUUAAGCUAUAAUUUAUUUGUAAAACCCACAAAUGACUUCUGUACAGUAUUAGAUUCACAGUUGCCAUAUAUAGUAGUUAUAUUUUUCUACUUGUUAAACGGAGGGCGUUUUGUAUUGUUUUUCAUGGUUGUUAACAUUGUGUAUAUGUCUCUAUAAUAUGAAGGAACUUAACUAUUGCACUGAAAAAAAAACCGAUUUUUCUGGAGACGUCUUUUUUUUUUUAAAUAUAAUUAACUUGCCUCCAAUUCAAAUAGCUCUCUGUUUGCACCCUCCUUGUCAAAUCUAUAUUCUUUUUCUGCUUAAAAAUUUUUUAUUGGCACUAUGGA